AUGGCGCAUGCCGACAUCGUCUCGACGCUCAAUUUGUUCAAUCUGCCAUACGAUCCAGAGUUCGAUGAAGAACAAGAGUGGACUCCUGAAGAGUUCAAAUGGUUCUUUCGACUGGUAGACCUGAGGCUGAAUGCCCAUCUCGCUACCCUAUACCAUCCAAAGACUCCGCCGCCACAAGGCCGGAAGAACAUCUUCUCUCUUCGCAAAGAGGAGCUCGUGCAUAUCUACUACUUUACACCAAUCUCGGCGUUGCUUUCGCUACGACUGGUCAGCAAACGGUUUGAGAAAUCGGCAACUGCUCGCCUCGAGUGUCUAGAUGUCUUUCCAGAUAUCUGUCGGAAGGAUGGUUGGCGGGCUGCGUAUGACCGGCAGAACGACGUUUAA